AUGGCAUUCACUGGAAAGACGAUAGUCGAGAGGACUGAGGUGGCUACUCGUACUUCAGUGAAGGAGCAGGGCGGGCACGUGUGUCAUGCUUAUGUGCGUGGUGACCGUCUGGCUGGAGUGGUCAUAUCAGAUGAUGAAUAUCCACAACGAGUGGCACACACCCUCAUCAUGAAGGUGUUAGAUGACUUUGCAACCCAGGUGAAUCCGUCUAUGUGGCCGACGGGGGAUCCGACCACAGUGAAUUUCCCGGGCCUGGAGGUGACUCUGGCACGAUACCAGAACCCAAAGGAGGCAGAUGCCAUGUCCAAGAUCCAGUCAGAACUGGAUGAAACCAAGAUUAUUCUGCACAAUACUCUAGAGGCAGUACUGCAGCGCGGGGAGAAGCUAGAUGAUCUGGUUGCCAGGUCUGAGGGCCUGUCUGUGCAGAGCAAGAUGUUUUUUAAGACAGCUCGAAAGACCAACCAAUGCUGCACAUAUUUUUAA